UAUCAAUACGUUAGUUUACUCCAUGAACCUUCGUCGUUAUUGUUGUCUCUUUUCACAUUUAGAAUCCGUUGUUUUUUUUUUCUCCUGUCGCUUCACAGGGCACUUGUUUUACUUUAGCCUCGCUCAGGUACGGCGGUUUCAACAUUCUUUGCUUUUCCGUUUUAUAGUCCUCUGGGAGCAACGCUGGACGUUGAGGCUUAAAUUUAAAGAUGGCUAAAGAGAGAGCGACUUUUUUCAACGUUGCGGAACAAGAGUUGUUAAUGCAGUGUUACGAAGAUGAGCGAUUUACCAUAGCCGCUAAAAGCAACACCGCAGCAUCAGCUAAGGAGAAAGAGGAAGCAUGGAAACGGAUCGCGGAUAGAAUUAAUGCUUGCAACACCAGAGGGGUCAAAAGAAGCUGGCAACAAGUAAAGACGAAAUAUAAGAAUAUUCUCCAAAGAGCUAACAAGAAGAUGAUGGAGAAAUGGAAGGUGGGAGGUGAUGCUGUCCCUCCACGGCUAACUGUAGCAGAGGAGCUAGUGCUUAUUCAGAACCAGGGUUGGCAUGUGAUGGAAGAAAUAUCCGGAGGUAGUUCCUCUGAGCAGGUUGGCCCAAUUAUCAGAAGCCCUUUUGUUAAAGCUCCUUCACUGUCCAUAGCACUUGUAGACCCACUUCUUGCAGUUGAGUGUCUGGAGGAACAUUCAAGUGAUACAGAUGAUGAUGAUGAAGACGCCUCAACCAUGUCUUCACUUCGUAUAGAGGGGGAAAAAUGGUCAAAAAGUCCAGGUGAUGGUUGUAUCCAAAAAACCUAUAAGCGAUACCUGGAGGAAGAAACGGAAUACCGCAGAUUAAAAAAGAGGUUGCUUGAAAAACAAACAAGGAAGUUAGACUUGGAAAUACAACUUCUAGAAAAACAGUUAGUGUUACAGGGCACUCUUCCUGAGAUGCAGUGGCUUGAUAUUAAACAGGAGCCAUCUGAGUCUCCACUCAGGCUUUCAGAAAUGGGCAGUAGUGAAGGGGAACCAAUGUUUGAAGACAGUGCCUACCACACUGGUAAGGAUGAGGAGGAUGAUGCUAACCUUGAUUCCGAUCCGACUGUAGAGGAUUGUGAGGAGCAAAAAUUUGUCGAAGUUAAGGAGGAAGUGUUGGAACAGUCACCUGUCUCCAUUAAAGAAGAGGUACUUAGUGAAUCUCCAGCCCAUUCUUUUACAGAAGAACCUUGUCUUCAUGAUCCUGUAAUUAAAUUGGAGGACUGUGAGCUUUUACAAGAAUACACCACUGGACACAUUUUACAGGAAGAAAAUAUUGAGGAAGACUACUUUCCAGUUCUGAAUGAGACUACUAAUAUUAGGUGCACAGAGAAGAGAUGCUGCUUCACCAUUAUGCAUAAAUCAAUGGAUCAGGGAAACAUGAACACAGAGGAGGAUUGUAUUUCUACAGAAAUAAGGAGGGAGAACCAAUAGUGUAUUUGGCCAGUCCAUCUAAAAAAAAAGGCUACCUGUUAAGAAGAUCGCUACAACAGUGACCAUUAUAUCUGAUGAAGGAUGCAAGCAUAUUGUGUCUGUGUGUACAAUGUGGAAGACGGCGAAAGAGACGGACGUCAUAUGCCUCAGUUGAUGAACUGAACAGAUUGGUUGUAUCUUUGGAUCAUUAGGUCAUCAAAUCCACUACAUGCAGGCCUGAACUGUCAUUCUAAGAAAAAAAACUUUACUGAAGCAACAGACAAAUGUAAGCACCCAGAAUUUUUUCAGUGAUGUUGGUAUUUGGACAAGAAAUCUCAUUCCUCUAGUUAAAGGUGGUAAUGAAAGUUUGGUACAGUGGAGCUCUUUUGAUUAGACAAUGGGUAAGUUCAUCAGUAUUAUGAAUUCAGCCAAGUGUUAGGACAACUUUUCCAAAAAAGUCUAUUCCAAAAAUCCAAAAAUUCCUAUGUGUUACAUUAAUAUCCACUAAGACUUGGUUAAUUGGUCGCAAAGUUACACCUUUGUAGGCCACACCAGUGUUAGGACUUGAGGCACUUUAGAAACAGUUUAAAUUA